AUGAAGGCGCUCGAUCGUUCGUUGGUUUUUGUUGUGUUUUUGACAAGUUGUAUCGCCUUUGUGAACUGCCAAGGAUCCCGAAAAAAGUCAUGGCAGUGUGAGAAGAUCACUGUUCCACUUUGCAGUGACCUGGGUUACAACGCCACCAGAAUGCCCAAUAUGUUGGGUCACGAUACGCAGAAAGAAGCUGAACGGGAGAUCGUACAGUUUGUUCCCUUGAUUAAAUGCAAUUGUUCCACUCCUCAUCUGAAGUUCUUCUUGUGUUCGGCGUACUUUCCAAUGUGUACCGACAUGGUGGAUGUGAAAAUCGCUUCAUGUCGCCCGUUGUGCGAAUACGUUCGCGACAAAUGCCUUCCCGUUCUGAAAGAAUUCGGCAUUUCGUGGCCGAUGAACCUAAAUUGCACGAAGUUCUUGUACGAAAACAACGAUCGUCAAAUGUGUAUGCCAGGACCAAAUUUCACGGACAGUUCAAGCCCCAAACCGGUUUUAGGUUUUACGAGCGUGAGACCAAAUGACGGUAAUGACCUACUCCCAAAUGACAGUGUUUCUGCUACGCCAGCGGGACGACACCAUACUGGCUCGGAACAGUGCAGGAAAUUCAAAAAUAACAUCAAUUACUAUUAUGUGAAAAGUACUGCAUCGUGUGCCGUGCUGUGUAAUCAAGAAGGUAUCUUUAAAACUUCGGACAAAGAAACGGUCGACAGAUGGAUGACUGUAUGGUCCGUAGUAUGUUUUAUAUCCACGUUCGCUGUUCUCUGUACGUUCUUGGUUGAUACUGCACGCUUCAAAUACCCUGAACGUUCGAUAAUAUGGCUCGCUCUAUGUUACAACCUCUACUCCAUAUCUUUUAUCAUUCGUCUAGCAGCUGGCCGCGAAGCAAUCUCUUGCGAUCAGGAGUAUAAUGGGCCAAAAUUUCUUAUCCAAGACGGUUUGCGAAACACUGGCUGCGCUAUUGUCUUCUUGAUACAGUACUUCUUCAUCAUGGCCGCAACAGUUUGGUGGGUAAUUUUGGCGCUAACUUGGUUUCUCGCGGCAGGGAUGAAAUGGGGUUACGAUGCCAUCGGCUCUUACUCGAACUUGUUUCAUGUUAUUGCGUGGACUUUACCAACCAUCAAAACAAUUUUCAUCUUGAUAACUCGCAAAAUCGACGGCGAUGAAUUGACUGGACUUUGUUUCGUUGGAAAUCAAGACCUGAUUGCUCUUGCUGCGUUCGUUCUGGGUCCCGAGUUUACUUAUCUAAUUAUCGGUACCCUGUUUCUAAUCGCGGGAUUUGUGGCGUUGUUUCGCAUCCGCGCAACGGUUCAACGAGACACCAGUACAAAGAGCGAGACUAAUAAACUAGAAAGACUCAUCGUUCGCCUUGGGAUAUUUUCCGUGUUUUCAACCGUCCCUGCGACGGCUGUAAUUGCUUGUUACUUCUAUGAAUACGCGAAUAAAGAGUACUGGUUUUACGGUAAGCGCGAAAAUAGAAUCGCCGAGCCGAAUUUCAGCAUAUUUCAGUUAAAGAUUUUCAUGUCUCUCUUCGUUGGGACGAUUUCAGGUUUUUGGAUUUGGUCACCAAAGACAUUACAGUCGUGGAAAAAAUUCUACUAUCUAGUGAUUGGGAAAAGACCUCCUCGUCCAAAGAACCAGAAGAUCGGCGGGAAUAAUUCCAACGAAACGACUGUUUAA